AGGAUGGUCUCGAUUUUCUGACCUCGUGAUCCGCCCGCUUCGGCCUCCCAAAGUGCUGGGAUUACAGGUGUGAGCCACCGCGCCCAGCCACAUCCCUAGAAUAUUCUUAAGAGGACUUGAUGCCACCAUCCCCAAAAAAACCUGAAAUAUUCCGAAAGGUUAAAGUUGGUAAAUUCAAUUGACAUUUUGAAAUCAGAAGAUUCUGCCCCCGAAAUAAACUUGUUUUGCUUCAUUUUACUAUUUCAAGAAAUUGUUGCGAUGCAAUAGGUAGUAGAGGAGACUUUUCCAUUAAAAUUAACACCAGAUUUGCUUUUGGUGGAAAGAAAUCUGAGAUAGUUGUCAUUGACAGCAUCCGCAUGCUGUUUUCUCUGAUGUUUUGAACAGGCAACCAUUCUUAACUCUUUAUUUUAAGGUAGUUGAUUCCCAAGGAUAGCAACAGGGAGGAAUGCGCAAGGAAUUUGGUAACUUCAUUUUUCUCUGGCGUAACCAUUAUUUGUGACUAUGUUGAAGUUAGAUUUCUUCUCUAAAAGUGGCCUUGCUUUCUUGUUGAUUCUUGGUUUAAAUAUUAUUGAGCUUAAAUAGUAGUUGAUGUUUUACUGAGAAGUGUGCUUUGUGAUGGUGAGAUGUUUGAACUGUAGGAGUGUGGGAGAAGUGGGAUCCUUAACAGAGGGAAAACUAAUUAUUAUUUGCUUUCUGUCAUCUGGAAGGUAUUCCAAGCUAGACUAACAGGUUUAGUAUGAAAGAAAUGUAAGCUUCAUAUGAUUUUUAUUUUUAUUAUUUUUUUUGAGACGGAGUCUCACUCUCUUGCCCAGGCUGGAGUGCAGUGAUGCGGUCUCGGCUCACUGUAACAGCCACCUCCCAGGUUCAAGUGAUUCUCAUGCCUCAGCCUCCAGAAUAGCUGGGACUACAGGUGGGCACCACCAUGCCUGGCUUUUUUUGUAUUUUUAAUAGAGACGGACGUUUCACCAUGUUGGCCAGGCUGGUCUCGAACUCCUGAUCUCAAGUGAUCCACCUACCUCAGCCUCCCAAAGUGCUGGGAUUACAGGCGUGAGCCGCCUCAGGCAGCCCAUAUUAUUAACUUUUGUCCAUGGAUUCUUACCUACCUCUUUUGGGAACUGGGUCAGUUUAGGUUUCUAAGGUAGGAGAGCCAUCUAGUAGGAGCAGGUUGAACUAGAUUUCUGAGGUCAUCUACUUAUGGUCAUAACAUUUAGUGUUAUGUGUUAUUAAAAAGUCAUAGGAUGCCAUCUGAUUUGUAUACCAUCUAACCUGUACCCUGUAUUCCUUUUAUGCAGAGAAGUUAGGAAAUACAGGUAAGUGUUACCUGAGUGGUUGGGUUUAUGAGUGAAGCUGUUUUUGCAUAUGUUUUGGUGUUUUCCAUUUGUUACUGCUGUAGUCAGCAAAAGUGAUUUUAAACACUGUAGAACUGUCUUGAAUAAAACAAUGAUUAUGUAUCCCUUUUCCAGGAAAAAUCUUUUGGAAGGUGCCGGAUGGUGUAUGUAGCAUGCUUUUCAGUGUAUAUAUGUGAUUAAAAAAAAAAAAAAAAAAAACUUAUGUGUGUAUUCAUGUACACACACACACAACACAGAUGAUAAGAGUAUCUCUGAAAUGUUGUUAUACAAGAAAACAUGGGCCCUUCUGAGAUGGGGUAUACUAGGUACAUCUAUUCUGAAAUAAAAAAUAAUUUUAUAUGAAGUUGAUCCUUGAACAGUGCAGAGAUUAGGGCCACUGACCCCUAUGAGGUCAGAAAUCGGAGUGGAAUACCAUGGGAUCCAUACAAAGUACCACUAAUGAUACUGGGAGUACUCCCAAGAAGCAGAGAAAAGUAAUGACAUUAUAGAAAAAGUGAAAUGCUUGGUAGGUACUAUGGAUUGAGGUUUGCAGCUGUGAUUGCCUGCCAUUUCAAGAUAAAUAAAUAGAGUGUAAGGACCAUUGUGAAAAAAGAAAAGGAAAUUCAUGAAGCUGUUGCUGCAGCUAUGCCAGCAGGUGUGAAAACUUAGUACUUUUUGCAAAGUACCAUUUCAUGUUUUAUUGAAAAUUUAGCUUUUAUGUGCGGGCAGAAUUGCUAUGAGAAAGACGUACAUAUAAACUAAUGUAUAAACUAAUACUAUUCAAAAACAAGUGAAGUCGUUGUAUAACAGCUUAAAGCAAAAGGAAGGAGAAGGAUCUAAAACUGGGUAAUUUAAUGCCAGCAAAUGAUAGUUUGAUAAUUUUAGGAAGAGGUCUGGCUUAAAAAAUGUCAAGGGAACUGGAGAAAAAUCCUCUGCUGACCAACAGGCAGCAGAUGAGUUCCCAAACACCAUUCAGAAAAUCAUUGAGGAGAAAGUAUUAAAUAUAUCUUCCUGAAUGGGUGUUUUUUUGUAAAAGCAAGUUUAUUAAGAAAGCAAAAGAAUAAAAGAAUGGCUACACUGUAGGCAGAGCAGCCCUGAACAGGCUUUUAAUGCUGGUGAAAGUGACCUGUUUUGGAAAAAAAUGUCACAAAGGACAUUUAUUAGUAAGGAAGAGAAAUGAGCACCAGGAUUUAAGGCAGGAAGGUAUACGCAAAUUCUUCUGUUUUAUGGACAUGCAGUUGGGUUCCUUGUCUAUGAAGUGUCUAACCCCCGAGCUUUGAAGGAAAAAGAUAAGUACCAGCUGCUAGUCUUGUGGUUGUAUAAGGAGGCCUGGACAACAAGAAUCGUUCUUUCUGGAUUAAUUUCAUUGACGCUUUGUCCCUGAAGUCAGGAAGUACCUUGCCAGCAGGGAUUGCCUUUAAAAAUUCUUUUGAUACUGGACUAUGCCCCUGGCUACCCAGAACCCCAUGAGUUCAACAUCAAAGCCGUGGAAGUGGUCUACUUGUCCCCAGACAUAAUGUCUCUAAUUUAGCCUCUAAAUCCAGGGGGUCAUAAAGACCUUUAAGGCAUUACACGUGGUACUCUAUGGAAAGGAUUGUCAGUGCUGUGGAAGAGAACUCCAAUAGAGAGAACAUCAUGAAAGUUUGGAAGGAUUACACCAUUGAAGAUGCAGUCAUUGUUACAGAAAAAGCCAUAAAAGCCAUCAGGCUUGAAACAAUAAAUUACUGGUGGAGAAACUACGCCCAGGUGUUGUGCGUGACCUCACAGGAUUUACACCAGAGCCAAUCAAGGAAAUCAUGAAAGAGAUUGUGGAUAUGACAAAAAAGGUCUUUCAGCAUAAGGAUCUUACAGAAAUUCAAGAGCCAGUAGACAUCACACCAGAGGAAUUAACAAUAUAACUUGAUAAAGAUGAGUGCUUUGGAACCAGUGCUAGACAGUGAGGAAGAAGACUUUGAAGAAACAGUGCCAGGGGCCAAAUGCAGUGGCACAUGCCUGUGACCCCAGCAUUUUGGGAGGCCAAGGUGGAUGGCUCACUUGAGCCCUGGAGUUCAAGCCUGGGUAACACGGUGAAACCCCGUCUCUACAAAAAAUACAAAAAAUGUAGCUGGAUGUGGAGGUACACGUCUGUAGUCCCAGCUACAUGGGUGGCAGAGGUGGGGAAGAUCAGUUGAGCCUGGGAUGCAGUGUGCGAGACCCUAUCUCAAAAAAAAAAAAAAAAAAAAGUGGUGCCAGAACACAAAUUGACAGUAGACAAUAUGGCAGAAGGUUUUCAAUUAUCAAGACUGCUUUUCACUUCUUUUAUGACGUGGACCCUUCUUUGAUACUGGCACUGAAUCUAAAGCAAAUGGUAGAAGAAAGAUCAGUACUACAUAAAAAUGUUUUUAGAGAAAUGAAACAGCAAAAAGUCUGGCAGAAAUCAUGAUGUACUUCCAUAAGGUCGAGUGUGCCUGCCACUUCUGCAUCCCCUUCUACCUCUUUCACCCCUGCAAUUCCUCCAACAGCAAGAUCAACCCCUCCUCUUCAGCCUACCCAGUGUGAAGACAAGAUGAAGACCUUUGUGAUGAUCCACUUCUACUUAAUAGUAUAUUCAUAUUUUAAUGAUCUUCUGGUCAUUUGUUGCUGGAGUUGUCACAUUCUACUGCUCACUAGGACCCGAUUCUCUCUUACCAAAUAUAUUCUUCACAAUAAAAUACAAACCCAAGCAGUUAGGACUUCAGGAAUUAUUUCCUCAAGGUCAUAGCUGUGCUGUUUGUGGUAAAGUGAAAUGUAAACGACAUAGGCCUUCUUUGCUACUUGAAAACUACCAGCCAUGGCUAGACCUGAAAAUUUCUUCCAAGGUUGAUGCAUCUCUCUCAGAGGUUCUUGAAUUAGUGUUGGAAAACUUUGUUUAUCCGUGGUACAGGGAUGUGACAGAUGAUGAAUCCUUUGUUGAUGAACUGAGAAUAACAUUACGGUUUUUUGCUUCUGUCCUAAUAAGAAGGAUUCACAAGGUGGAUAUUCCAUCUAUUAUAACCAAGAAACUAUUAAAAGCAGCAAUGAAGCAUAUAGAAGUGAUAGUUAAAGCCAGACAGAAAGUAAAAAACACAGAGUUUUUACAGCAAGCUGCUUUAGAAGAAUAUGGUCCAGAGCUUCAUGUUGCUUUGAGAAGUCGAAGAGAUGAAUUGCACUAUUUAAGGAAACUUACUGAACUGCUUUUUCCUUAUAUUUUGCCUCCUAAAGCAACAGACUGCAGAUCUCUGACCUUACUUAUAAGAGAGAUUCUGUCUGGCUCUGUGUUCCUUCCAUCUUUGGAUUUCCUAGCUGAUCCAGAUACUGUGAAUCAUUUGCUUAUCAUCUUCAUAGAUGACAGUCCACCCGAAAAAGCAACUGAACCGGCUUCUCCUUUGGUUCCAUUCUUGCAGAAAUUUGCAGAACCUAGAAAUAAAAAGCCAUCUGUGCUGAAGUUAGAAUUGAAGCAAAUCAGAGAGCAACAAGAUCUUUUAUUUCGUUUUAUGAACUUUCUGAAACAAGAAGGAGCAGUGCACGUGUUGCAGUUUUGUUUGACUGUGGAGGAAUUUAAUGAUAGAAUUUUACGACCAGAAUUAUCAAAUGAUGAAAUGCUGUCUCUUCAUGAAGAGUUGCAGAAGAUUUAUAAAACAUACUGUUUGGAUGAAAGUAUUGACAAAAUUAGAUUUGAUCCCUUCAUCGUAGAAGAGAUUCAAAGAAUUGCUGAAGGCCCAUACAUAGAUGUUGUGAAACUUCAAACUAUGAGAUGUCUUUUUGAAGCAUAUGAACAUGUUCUUUCCCUUUUGGAGAAUGUAUUUACUCCUAUGUUCUGCCAUAGUGAUGAGUAUUUCAGACAACUUUUAAGAGGUGCAGAAUCACCAACACGCAAUUCAAAAUUGAACAGAGGUAGCCUAAGUUUGGAUGAUUUUCGGAACACACAGAAAAGGGGAGAAUCAUUUGGAAUCAGCAGAAUAGGUAGCAAAAUUAAAGGAGUAUUCAAAAGUACCACAAUGGAGGGAGCUAUGUUGCCUAAUUAUGGUGUAGCUGAAGGUGAAGAUGAUUUUAUUGAAGAAGGUAUUGUUGUAAUGGAAGAUGAUUCUCCAGUGGAGGCUGUGAGCACACCUAAUACUCCCCGAAACCUUGCUGCAUGGAAAAUUAGCAUUCCAUAUGUAGACUUUUUUGAGGAUCCCUCCUCUGAAAGGAAGGAGAAAAAAGAAAGAAUUCCUGUGUUUUGUAUUGAUGUUGAAAGAAAUGAUAGAAGAGCAGUUGGACACGAGCCUGAACAUUGGUCUGUCUAUAGAAGAUAUCUUGAAUUCUAUGUACUUGAAUCAAAACUAACAGAAUUUCAUGGUACAUUUCCUGAUGCCCAGCUUCCUUCUAAGAGGAUCAUUGGUCCCAAAAAUUAUGAAUUCUUAAAGUCAAAGAGGGAAGAGUUCCAAGAAUAUCUACAGAAACUUCUGCAGCAUCCAGAACUGAGUAAUAGUCAACUUCUGGCAGACUUUCUUUCCCCUAAUGGUGGGGAAACACAAUUUCUUGAUAAGAUACUACCAGAUGUAAAUCUUGGGAAAAUUAUAAAAUCUGUUCCUGGAAAACUAAUGAAAGAGAAAGGUCAGCAUUUGGAACCUUUUAUCAUGAAUUUCAUUAAUUCUUGUGAAUCUCCAAAGCCUAAACCAAGUAGACCAGAACUGACCAUUCUCAGCCCUACUUCAGAAAACAACAAGAAGCUUUUCAAUGAUCUGUUUAAAAAUAAUGCAAACCGUGCUGAAAAUACAGAGAGAAAGCAAAAUCAGAAUUAUUUUAUGGAGGUGAUGACUGUAGAAGGAGUCUAUGAUUACCUGAUGUAUGUAGGACGGGUCGUUUUCCAGGUUCCUGACUGGCUUCAUCAUCUCUUAAUGGGAACUCGAAUCCUCUUUAAAAACACCCUGGAAAUGUAUACUGAUUACUAUCUUCAGUGUAAACUAAAACAGCUAUUUCAGGAGCACCGUUUGGUCUCACUCAUAACACUUCUCAGAGAUGCUAUAUUCUGUGAAAACACUGAACCUCGCUCUCUCCAAGAUAAGCAAAAAGGAGCAAAACAGACAUUUGAAGAAAUGAUGAAUUACAUUCCAGAUCUGUUAGUCAAGUGUAUUGGUGAAGAAACGAAGUAUGAAAGCAUCAGACUUCUGUUUGAUGGCUUACAACAACCAGUACUCAACAAGCAGCUGACUUAUGUUUUAUUGGACAUUGUGAUACAGGAACUGUUUCCAGAGCUCAAUAAGGUGCCUGUAAUCCCACCUACUUGGGAGGCUGACACAGGAGAAUCGCUUGAACCUGGGAGGCGGAGGUUGCAGUGAGCCGAGAUCGCGCCAUUAGACUCCAGCCUGGGUGACAGAGUGAGACUCCAUCUCAAAAAAAAAAAAACUUUGAAGUUAUUGUGAUAUUAAGUCCAUAUUAAAACAGGGUGGCAGUUACAGACUUUGUAUCUUUAAUUUUCAUGGGAAUCAACAAUAGGAAACCUUUAGCUCUGUUUGAGACUUCAUAAGGUCUGUCAUUAAAUGUUGCCUUUUUUCUCAUAUCUAGAACAUAGAUAUUACUUGCUCCAUAUGCCAGCCAAUUUAUUUUGGUUUACAAUAUAUAUAUGUCUUAGGUUAGAAUUUUAAUACACUAGAGCUGUUAGGCAAUUUACAAAUGAACCUGUGUCUUCUUGUCUUCUAUUAAAUGGAUUUAUUUUUACUUUAGGUACAAAAGGAAGUUACCUCUGUGACAUCUUGGAUGUAAACACUUGGAUUUGGUAUAGAAUAACCCAUUGAAAUUUCUGCUGUGCUAGGGUGGUAGAAAUUUACUUUUUUGGGUAUAUUCUUAUACAUAUUAUGUACAUCGCUGUCUGAAAUUUUAAUUAUUUUUUGUUUUUAAUAAAGACUAACACAAACUUAAUAAUGAUUAAAAGUGA